AUGUCAUUCGGUGAUAGCGUCAGGGCGUUGCUUGACACAUAUGCGAACUGCAUACUACUCCUCAAAUCAUUCGGACGCAAACAAAAGGAUGAUGGCGCUGUCGAGGUGCGCCAACAACCGUCUCGUCUCCGCGAAGCUCUCAAGACCGACCGCUUGUUCGUGGAACAAGCAUACUCAUCUAAGCUAUCCGAGUCAGGGAGCCGUUUCAAGGAGGGGGACGAUCCCCCCCAAAGAAAGUGGCGAUCGGUCACACAGAACACGAAAAUCGAUCCGAACGGCUACGAGUACAACGUGCAUCCCGUUUUUCCGCUCAGACCGUACACAGUUGAAGUCAAGAAACGGAGAUUAUUCGGCUUGUUUGGGCGGAAGCGGGAAGCGUGA